AUGGCCGUGUUGUUCAUUCUUGAUGCAGAUGCUUCGGGGAUCGGAAUCGGUUCCGUGUUGGCCCAAGAGCAAGGUGGACGUGAAAGGGUGAUCGCAUAUGCGAGCAGAGGAUUAAACAAGACAGAGCGAAACUACUGCAUAACUGAGCAAGAGCUGCUAGCUGUGGUCUUUUUCAUUCAGUAUUUUCGCCAAUAUCUUCUGGGACGGCGUUUCUUAGUCCGAACAGACCAUCAAGCUUUGGUCUGGUUGUUCAGCCUCAGCCCAGCGCAACCAAGCUGUAAGGGCACAAGCAUAGAGCAAGGAACUAGAGCCGACAAAGUUAGGGGCGCUAAUGAGCACAGUGAUACGGACACCGAUGACUCGGCUCCAAGCACCUCAAAAGACAUGGAGGAUAAAGCUGUCCAUCCUUGGCUUGAACUAUAUUCUCCCAAGAAGAUGGCUGAAAAACAGAGGGCCGAUCCAGAGAUUGCGCCGAUCAUCAGUGCACUGGCAGAGAACAUAAAACCAAGCAGCACUGCCAUGGAGAUGGAAAGUCAAGCAACAAGGCAGUACUAUGUUUUCUGGGAUUCACUUUACAUGAAGGAAAAUGUCCUCUGCAGAAGAUUUCGUAAGAAGAAUGGUACCGACGAGUACAACCAGAUAAAGAAGAGCAGAACAAGCCCAAGAAACCCGAAGGGGAAUGGCCAAGUAGAGCGCUACAAUAAAAGUCUCCUGAAAAUGAUAAAAGCUUUCCUCAUUGACCAGGAUGAGUGGGACCUUUUCUUGGGAUGCAUAGCUGGGGCAUACCGUUCCUCUCCCAGUGAGUCAAAAAACUCAACGAAACUUACACCAAAUCUGAUGUGCUUUGGGCGCGAGGUAAGACUUCCAGCUGACCUGGUGUAUGGUGUUAGGGAAGUUGACAGCAUUCCGUCAUACAGAUCACACGUGGAAGCCAUUCAAGAGCACAUGUUCCGUGCACACGAAGUAGCGAGAGCCUACCUGAAAGUCAGCGCAAAACGCAGCAAAGACCUGUAUGAUACCAAAUUAGCAUUUGUGACUUACAAGCCUGGAGACCUAGUGUGGAUGUUACAUGAAACCAGAAAGAUUGGGGUUACUCCGAAACUGGAAAAGAAGUAUGAUGGUCCUUUUGUUGUUACCGAGAAGACAUCACCUGUGAACUUUGUUGUUCAGACUGAUCGCAAUGGGCGUACUGUGUUAAUACAUCACGACAAGUUAAAACACUAUAAUGGGUCAAAUGUACCAAAAUGGGCCAGUAAAGCGGUCAAAAAGAUUGUGAAUAAAUGCUAG